AUGGAUGUGUGGUCCAUUAUCAACGCUGCUGCCGCAACUACACCUAAUCAGCCCGUGGUAAACAUGGGACAGGGCUUUUUCGGCUACAAUCCUCCACAGUUCCUCAUAGACGCAGCGAAGAGCGCAGUAGAGCGCCUCGACUGCAAUCAGUAUGCUCCUCCAAAGGGCCGGCCUCGUUUGCGAGAGGCUAUUUCCAACGCAUAUUCUCCUUUUUGGGGCCGCAAGCUGUGCCCUGAAACAGAAAUCACAAUUACUACUGGCGCCAAUGAAGGCUUCUUGAGCUGUUGUAUGGCGUUCCUCCAGGAGGGCGACGAAGUUCUACUACUAGAACCAUUUUUCGACCAAUAUAUCAGCAAUAUUGAGAUGGCGGGCGCCAAGGUUGUCUCUGUGCCCUUACAACCACCAAAGUCUGGCAUGACAAAAACACAUUCCGCCGGUGAUUGGAGCCUUGAUAUCGCAGAUUUCCGAGACGCCAUCACUCCUAGGACGAGAAUGCUGGUAUUAAAUACACCUCACAACCCCCUGGGAAAGAUCUUUACCCCCAAGGAGCUCAAAUUAAUUGCAGAUGUCUGCGUUCAGAACAAUAUUCUUAUCAUAUCAGAUGAAGUCUACGACCGACUAUUUUAUGUUCCUUUUACUCGCAUUGCGACUUUAUCGCCGGAGGUUGAGAAAAUCACUCUUACCCUGAGUUCCGCGGGCAAGAACUUUUACGCCACCGGUUGGCGAGUCGGUUGGGUUAUGGGACCCGCGGAGCUUGUACAAUAUGUCACAAAAGCACAUGCACGAAUCUGCUAUUGCUCUCCAUCACCGCUCCAGGAAGCAUUUGCAAUUGGAUUCGAACAGGCUGAAGAGAACGGCUUCUGGAACGAGUGCGUCUCUGACAUGAAGGGCAAGAUGGAUCUCUUUAACGAUAUUUGGCGUGAGCUUGACAUGCCGUACUCAGAACCCGAAGGAGGCUACUUUGUAGUGGUCAACAUGAGCAAAGUGACCCUCCCAGAGAACUACCCGUUCCCACCCCAUGUCCAGGAACGCCCACGAGACUUCAAGCUGGCGUGGUUUCUGAUCCAGGAGCUUGGAGUGGCAGCAAUUCCGCCCAGCGAGUUCUAUUCACCAGCGAAUCAGCACAUUGGAGCGCAGUGGAUGCGGUUUGCCGUAUGCAAGCCCGAUUCUGUGCUCGAGGCUGCCAAGGAGAGACUGCGAGGAUUAAAAGCGUACAUAAACUAG